AUGGAAGCUUACUUUGCAUCAGCGAAGCUUUCUGGAUUUUCAGCGCUUUCCCAAUGGGGCUUUUCUGAUAUUACCGACUCGCUUGGGUUGCUAGUCAAUCAGCUAGGAAUUCAGUACUUAUCCAAUGAUAUUCACAAAAAAGUGUUUCCCAAGAAUCCUCCCAAUGCAUAUCAAACCGACAAAAACCCAGAGCUUCUCAAAUUGACGAAAGAGCAUCUCCAGCACAACCACCUCCUAGGCAAGAAAACCAACAUCUCCGAGCCCAUCACGAUACCCAAUUUGCCCGAUCUCGUAGGAAAGAACACCUUGGACGAGCAUUUCACCAGAAUCGGCUAUGAAGCUGCACAACCUUACCUAGACAUGGCUGAACGGUUCUUCAGUUCCGAUCUAAAACUACCGAAGCAACCAAACAAGUGGGAGUUCCAAAGCGGCUGGUUCCGCUACGCUCCUGGUAAGAAGCCGGAAAAGGUGGAUUUCCCACUCGAAAAAGAAUUGGUUUUUGACGUCGAGGUCAUGUACAAAGCAUCGCCUUAUGCUGUCCUCUGUACGGCAGUGUCACCCGAGGCAUGGUACGGCUGGGUGUCUCCCGUACUCACAGGUGAGUCAAAAAACUGGAAUCAGCUUAUACCCUUCAACACUCAGAUCGACGAGAAGCUUCUCAUCGGCUACAAUGUCAGUUAUGAUAGAGCACGUAUUCUUGAGGAAUACAACAUAAAGGAGUCAAAAGCCUUCUUCCUAGACGGAAUGGCACUCCACAUUGCAUUGAGUGGAAUCUGCUCCCAACAGCGACCCGCAUGGGUAAAACACAAGAAGCAUAAAGUUGCAUUAGAAGAGACGGGAACCGAAGACACAGACCUGGGAGCUGCAGAUACUGAAUCAGAUUUCUCCUUGACAGACCUUGCACGAGAAUUAACAGAAGACCCUUGGCUCAAUAAAGGCGCCACCAAUUCGUUGGCCAAUGUCGCAGAAUUUCACUGUGGUAUAAAACUUGCCAAAGACAUAAGAGACACUUUUGCUACGGAGGAUAAAUCUGAUGUGGUGGAUAACUUCCAAGGACUAAUGGACUACUGUGCCCUGGAUGUCACUGCUACUUAUCAAGUAACGAAGAAAUUGUUCCCCCAGUUUAGGGAAAGAAACCCCCAUCCAGUCUCAUUCGCUGCCCUCAAAAGUCUUGGAAAGCUCUUUUUGCCAACAACACGCAAAUGGGACCAAUACCUUGAAAGCGCAGAAGCUGUAUAUCAGCAAAAUCGUGACGAAGUCGGCACUAUUCUACAAGACCGCGCCAACGAACUAAUUCGCUACAUCACUGAGAAGAACGAUGCACUCAAACCGGAUAUCGAGAACGAUCCCUGGCUUAAACAGCUCAAUUGGACGAUCAAAGAACAACGACUCCGUAAGGAUGGAACUCCCACCGCCAAACAGGCUUACUUAACGGGUUACCCUGAGUGGUACAGAGAGUUGUUCAAGACAAGUUCCGACAAUGGAGACAAGGGCAGGGAGAUGAACAUCACUGUACGGACACGGAUCACACCAUUGCUCCUACGUCUCAAGUGGGAGGGCUAUCCCUUGAUCUGGACAGACUCCAGUGGUUGGUGCUUCAAAGUGCCAUACGAAGAUGAGAUUGUUGAUGCUAUGCUCGCAAAGAAUUACACAAAAGCUCGCUUGACUAAUGAGGAAUUUGAGGCCAUGCUACCCGAGUUGCGUGAUAAUGGCGUUUACGAGUUGUUCAAGGUUCCACAUCCCGAGGGUGCCAGAAGACGCUGCACAAUCAUUAUGUCCAAAAGCUAUCUAAGGUACUUUGAUAGCGGGGUUCUCACCUCGGAGUACGACUAUGCUACCAAAAUUCUCAGUUUGAAUGCCACCGCAUCUUACUGGACUGGUAAUAGAGCACGUAUUUCCGAGCAAUUCGUCGUGUACUCCGAUACUCAAGGAAAGGAGAACAGCUUCUUCAAGACUAAGAAGGAUCGUUCCGCACAUUCUGAUAUGGGAAUGAUAAUUCCAAAGCUUUGUACUAUGGGAACUAUCACAAGACGUGCGACAGAAAACACUUGGUUGACCGCAUCCAAUAGUAAAGCAACUCGAAUUGGGUCGGAGCUCAAGGCAAUGAUUGAGGCUCCUAAGGGCUACGCAUUCGUCGGCGCUGAUGUGGAUUCUGAAGAGCUUUGGAUUGCAUCGUUGAUUGGUGACUCAAUGUUUCGUAUUCAUGGCGGCACAUCUUUAGGCUGGAUGACUUUGGAAGGCGAUAAGUCUGAGAAAACUGAUUUACAUUCCAAAACUGCUGAGAUCAUGGGAAUUCUGCGAAACGAUGCGAAAAUCUUCAACUACGGAAGAAUUUACGGUGCUGGUGUCAAGUUUGCAACUCGCCUCUUGAAGCAGUGUAAUGCAAGCUUGUCAGAUGACGAAGCUCAAAAGCUUGCAGUGGCUUUGUAUGACCAGACCAAGGGCCAAAGUUGUAACUCUAAGAUUUUUGGCCGCCGUGUGUAUCACGGUGGAACAGAAUCUGUGAUGUUUAACGCCCUUGAGGCUAUCGCAUAUCAAGAUCGUCCUCAAACGCCUGUUCUCGGUGCUUCCAUCACAGAUGCAUUGACUCAAAAGUAUCUCAACAAGAAUAAUUACUUGACAUCGAGAAUCAACUGGACUAUUCAAAGCAGUGGCGUGGACUACUUGCACUUGCUUGUCAUAUCGAUGGAGUAUCUCCUCAAAAGGUACAAAGUCGAUGCCCGGCUCAUGAUCACAGUGCACGAUGAAGUGAGGUAUAUGGCGAAGGAGGAGGAUUCAUUGAAAUGUGCACUUCUUCUACAGAUCUCGAAUCUCUGGACCCGUGCAAUGUUCUGUGAGCAGCUAAGAAUUCUCGAGCUUCCACAAUCCUGUGCUUUUUUUUCCGAAGUUGAUAUUGAUCAUGUUUUGAGGAAAGAGGUUCUGCUUGAUUGCGUGACACCAUCACAUCCAGAUCCUAUCCCCGCUGGCAACUCCUACGACAUGGUAUCUCUCAUGAAAGCCCUUGAUGCGAAAGACGUACUCAAAACUAAGAGCAGUGCCUCCAAAACGGCAUCAAGUGUCGCCUUUUCGCCUCGCUUACCUGUGAUUAGUUCGCUUCAAGCUGACUGUUCAGAGAAGAUGCAGAUUGAAAGAUUGAGACUCCAAAAUUCCACGGAUAAGGACGACUGGAAGCUAAAUGUGAUGCUUUACAGCCAGGCAGAGAAAGAGGAGAGGAGAGCUAUCGCCAAACCUGCUCGUAAAUCUCCCGCCACGAAGAAUGUUCGGAAAAGAAAAGCAGAGGAAGAGCCAGACUUGGUCAAGGAUGGUAAUGCAUCUCUCUUGGAAGAGGUCAAAAGUACUGCUGAUGUACCCAAGACAAAACCACGGGCCGCAUCCAAAGUCAGAAAAGAAACUCGCAAACCAAACUGGACCAUGGAAACUCAAAAUAGCUCAUCGGCAAAGAGUGAUGAGCGGACCAAACUGGCUUUUCCUAUUCCACAAACUGCGAAUACUACCAGGGCGAGGUUCACAUCCACUCCGCAAUAUGUUCCAUCAUCGUUUUAUUCCACUGUCAACGGCGCCUGGGGCGGCCGAACAGUGAGCAGGUCCACUACCGGAAAGAAACGGGGACAACUUUUGAACUUUACUAAAUUCAACACAGUGCCUAGAAAGCAGAAUUUUGCAGCCACUCAGAGAAGACUCCACAUGAGGGCCUACUGGCCCAAGAUUGACGACCACAACUUUGAGCGACCGAGAAUGCUUCGCCACGAGAUAGAGCAAAGAAUCAAGCCCAAACGGCAGAAGGAGAUUUUCCGACGACAUCACUCACCUUGA